CAUACAGGAGCUUGGGAGCAGUCUUGCUAUGGCCGCCGAUCCGCAUGCGCACGAGGCCGCCGCAAGGCAGCGCAUCGUCUCGCACAUGAAUGCUGACCACCAAGACUCAGUUCGUCGCUAUCUCGAGCACUAUUGCAAUGUCUCGUCGUUCGCCGCCCGCAAUGCGCGCCUGGUGGGCAUGUCUCUGGGCUCCAUGAGCAUCCAAGCCGCAGGCCACCGCUACAACAUCCCCCUCGAGCCGCCCAUGCAGUCGUGGCGCGAAGCCCGUGAACGCGUGAUCAAGAUGGAUCAGGACGCCGUGACUGCACUGCGCAGAAGCGACAUCACCGUCAAGACAUAUACGCGACCACGAGGAUUUCACGCUGUGGUGUUCACAGUCUGUUCCCUCACUUACGUCUUGGUCUCGAGACGAGCAAACGCCCUCCCGGGGUCAUACAUCCAUGAUUACAUUCUCAAAUAUGUGCCAGCACUAGCAAGCUUCACAGCCAAGGUACAGCCAAUCAUUCUGGUAUUGAUGAUUGUUAUUCAUGUGUUCGAAUCCUCUAUCAUGGCGCGCAAACUGGGCAAACACAACGUGCCCUUUGGCGGUGGGUUGUGGUGGUGCUGGAUUACAUCGUGCUUCAUUGAGGGUUUUGGGGCUCUGCAAAGGGUCGACGCUCUCGUGCGCAAGGGCCGGCUGGAGAAGGAGAAGGCGAAGCACUGAAAGCGGGUCGACCAACGUGGCGGGCUUGGAGAGGCACGAGUCAUAGUACAGUACAACGGGAGCUUAAAAUAGCUCGCGAGGUGCAGGCCUCCUGGUGGUGGUUGGGUUUGUGGAGGUGGGUGGAGGUGCACGGCGAUGGGCAGAUCUGCAGAUGGAGGGAGCGCUAGCCGCUAAGGCGCGGGGGAGUAUCGUGGAUCAAUGGAGCAGCGGAGCACAUCGUGGAGCCAAAAGUAUGGAGACGACGUGGCCAUCAGCAUGCGAGUGAGUGGUGGUGGUGAGAAGGAUUAUAUUUGGAGGACCGACGUGCAGCCUUGUGACAGCGCGACAGACAAGGACAUG